CGCAACCGACGAUAACGCGUGAAGUGGGCCGCUUUGGAAAUUGUACGAUUCAUUGUUGCUUGGACGUGGCAGCCAUGACGUGAUUUCUGACUUUAACUACAUUUUUUGUUGAAAAUUACAUUGUAAAUUUAAAAAAAGUUAAACUUAAGGGGAAUACGUGCAUUAUUAACGAAACAAAAAGUGGCAUCAUUCGCAAGUGCUCAAUUCAGUGUAAACUAGAGUGCGUAAAUUAUGUAAAAACUACUGCAAUUUUAUAAAAUAUUGUUGUAGUGUGAAGUUAAUUAAUAAGUUUUUAUAUUGCAAUAAAUAAAUAAAAAGCCAACGGGGGAAAAGGCAUACCAACAACAACAACGUCAACAAUACAACCAACCAUCAACAACAACGUCAACAAUACAACCAACCAUCAACACCAAGAACAGCAGACCAACCGCAACAAUAAAGCAACAAUCAUCUACGGCGACAACGCAGUCAACGUCCAAUAUUUUAACUCAUUGUUUCUGCGCACGAGCGUGCCUUGUGCUGCUGACAGGCCACACACAAUCAGCAACCUCCCAUCAUAUUUAUCAUCAUUUAAACACGUCCUGAAAAAAAGAGUUUUUAAUGCCAGCCUAUCGAUUGGCCUCGAUAACACGUAUAUGAGCCCAGUGCGCGGCGCACAAUUUUCCAAUACUGUCGGCCGAAACAGGCAAACAAGCGAGCAGCUGUUUGGCCGCCUCAGCUAAGCUACAAAGUAACAACAACAAAGAUGUGCUACGAUUGACGUGGGCAACCGCCACAUACCAGCAAACUAACACUAACUAAAACAGCUGUUUCAACAGAAAACGCAACUUGAAACUACAAAGUUCACUGUUUUAACAAUAUAAUUAAUUCUUUUCCAGCAGUUGGUGAUCAGAGGAGAUAUAACUUCACAGACAUAAAACAAAAAAAACAACUAAAAGCAACUGCGUAGCAGCGCUAGACGUCCUAUACAUCACAUUUGAUCAGCACCAGCAACAACAUCUUCCAAGCACUCUUCCAACAACCAUAGGAAUUAAAAUUAAAAAAAAUAAAGCUUUGGCGCUUCCUCAAUUCGCAUUGCUUCCUGGCCACAAGAAACUUGCACAUCAACGAAGGGCAAACCAACACUGAACAUCACAACAAUAAAAAUAAUUUUGCAACACUGGCCGCCAACAUAAUAGAACUAUUUAGCUGCCCAUUCGUCGCAAAUCCUCACACACUCUACAUAAGCUACAACAUCAAGAACUAUUACAACCAUUUGCCAUUCACGACUCUCCCGCAUAGCAGAAAAUAACAGAAAAUUUUGAACUUUAUUGCGGCAAACGCGUUAUGACCAAUUCGCAUGCCUCAUCAAAAUGCCUGUCCAAUGUACUCUCGUCCGGAAAAUAUGGUAUGUCACAAAGCGGCUCUUACAGCGAUGGUAGCAAGGAGUAUAUAUUCGUCAAGCUCACCGACUCUGCGUAUCGUGCACUCGAAGAAUAUCAAAGAAAUGAGCAGGCCAAGCGCUUGGCGCCCAAUCAACGUGCCAAAAUCCAGUUUAAUGGCAACGGUGGUGUCAUACAAUUUCCUCUGCCUCAUGAAAAUGGCGGCAGUAGCGGCAGCGCUUCUGGUGCUAGCAACACCAUGGAUAGCGGAGGACGCAAAUUUGGGUUCACCGUUGGUAGCAUGGAGGGAUCUGUGGAAUGUAUACAACAGCAACCACAGCAUCUGGAAGUCCUUGGCGGAUUGGAUCUGCGCAUGCGCAUCCAUGCCACUGAUGAUGUGUAUGAUACAACAAAAUCAAAAAUGGCCCAAGCUGAGGAGUCAGAGAAGCGAAAAUGCAUUCGCGAGAUUAAGCCAAAUCAGUCGGAUAUUGGGCGUAAGGUGAAAAAGCCAAGCAGUGCAGCAUUUCAUAGUGGGAACAACAGCAACAGCAGCAAUAGUUUUAGUAACAACAACAGCAACAAUAGUCGUAAGUUAGGUACUUCACCAUUUAAUGGCCUGACGACGACGCCGUCAUUCUUGUCCACGUCGUCGUCGUCAACAACACACUCAGCAGCGGCGGCGACCGUGACGCGUUCGCCCAAUCCCAGCCUGCUGGGUGCAAGCGGCACAGUCAGUACAGGCAGUAACAACAAUCAUUAUCAGCACCAGCAACAACAACAACGCUAUCAAAGUAACAGCGCAGCCGCAACCUUAGCCUCAACAUUUGCCAACGGCAUAUCGCAGGGUUAUGCGCUCUCGGGCAACUCACCCAGGGAGCGGGAGACGACGACAAGCAAUGGAGGCCACAAUAGCAGCAACAAGAGCAGCACAACAAUGACAAUGAGCAAUGGACGUCCGAAAAUGCAAAGCGGUUCACGAAAUGUCAAUCCCAAGGUAGGCAACAACAACAACAUUGGCAAUGGGAAUGGCGUUAUGAAAAUGUCGGAUGUCUCUAAACGUAAAAUACGUGAACGUCUUAUACAUUUGCUCGCACUGAAGCCAUACAAGAAACCGGAGCUAUAUUCACGCCUGCAGAACGAAGGCGUACGAGAACGUGAACGGCACCUGAUUAGUAACAUACUCAAGGACAUAUCUAUAAUGUCGCACAAUGUGUACAAUUUGAAGCGUCAGAUGUGGAAUGAUGUCGACGAGAAUUGGCCGUUCUUUAGCGAACAGGAGCUGCAGCAAUUGAAGCGCCGUAAGCCACAAAAUCUGACACCGCCCAUGAGCUCGGAUGCUGGUAGCUCCACCUCGGGACAAAGUCCCACGUCCACCCACACAGGUAGUCCACCACCACUGUUAACAUCAUCAUCAGCGUCAGUUGCCGCAUCGCAGCAUGUAAAUGGCUCCGGUGGCAGUAGUCUAAAGCGCACGAGUCUAGAGUAUGAUGAGAGCAUGUUCAGCACUGUGCAGCCUAAGAAGCAGCGCAUCAGUCAUUACAAGAAGGAUGCUGUUGGAGGUGGAGGUAGUAGCGGAAGCAACGGAGGAAGUGCUUCCAUACAGCAGCCGCCAAAUCGUAGCGGCUAUGGCAGUCGAGCUGCUUACACGCCACCACAGCGACAUCAGCAACUGCAACUGCAACAACAACAACAUCAUCAGCAGCAAACGCAGUCCUCACAAUUUUCUGUUGAUGAGCACAGCAGUGAUUUGAGCUACAAUGUGCUUGAUAAUAUGGAUGAGUUCAUGAGCAUGACUUCGGAGCAACAGGGCUAUAAUAGUAGGCGGGGCAGUGGCGCCAAACAAAAUACAAACAGCAGCAAUGGGGGAAACAAAGACAAGCGCAGCUCCUCGGGCAGCACGUCAAGCACCUCCUCAAGUGGCUAUGAGACGCAACUGGAGCGCAGGCAGCAGCAGCAGCAGCAACAGCAACAACAACAACAUCCUGCAAUGGCAAUGCCCUCAAAUCGCAGUAGCAGUUCAACAACUAAAACCACAACAACAACGACGACACCGCCCAAAUCCAUAUCCUCAUCUGCAGCCGCAGCAGUGGCGGCAGUUUAUGGUAGCAGCUUUGUGCCCGCUGCGACAGGCAAAAGGAGCAACAGUCAGUCGCAAUCGCAGGCACAGGCCCACUCACAGUCAAUGGCGCCACAGCGCAGCACCAGUAACAACGCUCAUGAUGAGUACAAUUCUUAUAACAACAAGACACAUGCCGCCAGCAAUUCCAAAAAGCGAACGAGUAGUAAUAGUAACGGCCACCAUUCUGCCACCGCAUUGUCCUCAACCUCCUCCUCCAAAACAACACAUCAGCAGCCACAGGCGCAUAGUCAACGCAGUCAGCGAGGUGCUUACCAAAAAGUGCCGCCCCCGGUGCCCUUAACAUCGUCGCAACAACAGUCGCGCCAAAUGGAACCAACGCCCGCAUCAUCAUCAUUAUCGUCAGCUCACAAGCAUCCUUCACCCACACAGUACCUAGCGGCGGCAGCUCAUGCGUAUGCCUCUGCCUCGACAGAUCAGGAUGCCGGGAACGCACCACGCUAUGAUUUCAGCAAAUACGCGCCUAUCCGGACCCUCGAGGUGCGAAGACGCUACAAGACUGAAUUUGAGAGCGAUUAUGAUGAGUAUUGUAAGCUUCUCACGCGCGUCGAGGGUGUGCGGAAACGGUUUCAGGAUCUGUCCGAGCGUUUAGAAAACGCUAGACUACGCGAUACCGCCGGCGACUAUGAUCACAUAAAGCGUCAAAUCGUCAGCGAAUACGAGCGUAUCAAUAGCGAUAGCACCAUUAGCAGUGAUAAGCAGCGUUUCGAUUAUUUGCAUGCCAAGCUGGCUCACAUCAAGCAGUUAGUGAUGGAUUAUGAUAAGACUUUGACAAGUGGUGGUGCGCCAGCUGUGGUGAGCAAGCAACCACAACAACAACAACUACCAGCAACACAACAACAGCAGCAACAACAAUUGCAGGCACAACAACAACAGCCAGCAACAGGCAUAAGGCAUAGCAUCGAUAACAACACCAACAAUAUGCUGCAUAUGCAGCAGCAGCAACAACAUCAUCAUGCCGUUGAAACGAUAAAAGUCGGCUCCCAUAAUAGCAAUAACAAACAUGGCAGCCAAGAGAGCGAUACGGAUGAUAGUUCCGAUAGUUCAGAUUCAAACGAAGACGACGAUGAUGACGAUGAUGAUGGUGAAGAUGAUUCCAACUCCAAUACUGAUGAUGACGACCGCUACUGAUACUGCUACCGAACGCAAAUAUAUAUAUAUAUAUAUAUAUAAAUAUAUGCAUACAUAUAUAUGUAUAUAUAAAUAUAUGCAUACAUAUAUAUCUAUAUAUAAAUAUAUGCAUACAGAUAUAUCUAUAUAUGCAAUACUUUGAUAACGAUCACAGCAUCAACAACAACAGCAGCAGCAGCAGCAGCAAUCGCUGCUGUUACUCAUGUAAAAAGGCAAAACAAAAACCAACAAAAAAAAAACUACAUACACACAUACACUACUAUAGUAAAAACAACACGAAACGUUCUAAAAGAAAAUUGUACUAAAAAACAAAAACCUACAUAAAAACAAGCAAAAAAAAAAUGUUGAAAUUAUGUUUAAAAAUUGUAAUAAAAUAAAGCAAAAAUCAACCAACCUAUUGCAAGGAAAGUGAAAAGAAAAACUAUGCGAACAUAUUUUGUAUUUAAUUGCAAAAUGCAAGAAAAGCAAAUGUAUAUGAAACAUACGACAUGCAUAAAAUCAAUACAAGAGAAAGGGAAAACAUUUGCGAGAAAAUACAGACAUAUAUAUACGAGUUAUAGACUUAAAAUCUUUGUUGAGCAACGCAUAAUGUAAAAAGAAGCCACAACACAAUUUCCUGCGUUUUGUGUGUAAUAAUUAAUUAAUACUAUUAUUAUUAUUAUCAACUUUUAAAUAUAUAGCGUAUGUUUUUCGUUUCUUAACUAGACUCUUCUUUAACUUUUACUCUUUUUUUUAAUUGUUACAAUGGCCAACAACAACGACAGCAACCAUUUGUUUGUAAUUUGAAGCAUUGCAAGUGACAAAGCGAAACAGAAUGAAUGCAUAAAUACAUCAACAUUUUUAUUUGUGCAACAAAACAAUUUCGUCUGUUGCUUAAAUUACUGAUAACACACACUCACUGUCUCAUACAUUCACACAUAUAUAUGUACAUACAUACAUAUAUUUUGAAAAAUAUUUCCAAAGUGACAAAAAAUGUAUGUCCUGAUCAUCAAAUUUUUGCAUAAGCAGAAAAGGAAAACAAAAAUGAAAAAGCAGCUUAAUGUUGGCUGCGCUUGCCGCACAAUUCUUAACUGUUGCACACUGUUCACAGCCCUAUUUGAACUUGAGAGCAAUGGGCCUUUCAACUAUACAUUAUAAAGAACCAAAGUCAACUUGAAAAACAGGCAACAAAAACACACAAAAAAUAUGUAAGCUUAGGGAACAUUUGUACAAUUUUGUAAUUCGCUUGGUCAGAUUUUUAAGUGUGUGUGCAUCGACGAUUUUUUUUCAUUUUGUUACUUAAAACGUCCUAUAUACAUAUAUAAAUAUGCCAUCGCCAUGGUUCAACUAAAAACAAAUGUUGCCAAUUAUCCAUUUCUGCAAAGAGAGCCCAUUAGCUUAAAUAGUUUCUUGUCUCUGGAAUGACACUCAUUGCAUUGUUUAGUUUUUGUUUCGGUGUUGCAUGCGGGCGUGCCUAAAAAAAAUAGACUGAAAUUUUGAACGGCUUGUUAUUUAAGCAGCUUAUAGAAAAUUUAUUUUCCAAAACUUAGUUAAAUUGUUAUUUGUGUUUAAAAUAUUGUACUUUGUUUUGCAUUCGUAGCGUUUUUGUUUAUAAGCCACUGUACCUAAAAAAAAACAACUAAAUAAAAACUAACAACCUACAAUUGCUGACUAGCAAUCAAUACUUUAUACAUUCAUUUGCACCCAUUAUUUAUUUUUCUUUCCGUGUUAUAGAAUAUUUGCUCAAGAAUUGAAAUUGUAAAAAACAGUAAUUUAUAUGCGGUUGUACACCAUCCUAGAGACCUCUUGAGGUGUUUGCUUUUUUAUUAUUAUUAUUUAGACAACAACUGCUAAGCCCUAAAACAGAACCUAUGUAAAACCUGAAAGGUUUUAAUGAAGCAUAUUACAGUUCUCACAUUCAAAAAGCUUCCUUAAAUAAAAUGAAUAAAAGAAUUUCGCUUAAAGAAUUAUUAAAUAAUUUGCUGAAACUAGUGUCCAAAAAUGAAGAAAGCAAGACAAAACAAAACAAAAAUUGUAAGAACUAAAGCAAAAUCAUAAUUAUAACGAAAAUGAAAACCAACAAAUUUUAGCUAUUUUGUUGCAAUAUUUUUUAUAUACCAUAUUUAAGUAGUAGGGAAAUAAACGAAAGGGAAAAUCAAAUGAAACAAUGAGAUCAAGUUGCAAAAAUCAAGCGUUUAAAAAUCGACUCGUAGCAAUUACAUACAAAAUUGAUAUAUACAAUUUAUAUACAACAACAAAAACACUAUAUAUAUAUGUAAAUAUAUAUAUAUAUAUAUAUAUAUAUAUAUAUACAACACUGACAUUUGAUAAGUGAAAAGAAACUUAUUAGUUUUAUAAAAUGCCACGCCCACAUAUAUACACCACACACACUCACACAAAAUGAAUAAAGAAGCAUAUUCUAGACACACACACACACUCACACAAACCAAUCGAAAAGGAACUUAUUACUGAUUAAAUGAUUGUAAGCCGAGAAAAAGAGUAAACCAGAUCAAGAGACAUGAGAAAAUAUUAUUAUUAUUAUUAUUGUAAAUUAUAAGAGCAAAAUCGCUGACAAAACCAGCAAAAAUGAAAAUCUUAAAAAAAAGAGAUAUUGUUAUAUACUAUAAAUUCAUAA